UCUGAAAGGCCGACGUCAUGGGGUCCCACUGCGCCCUUGUUUAUGUUUUUCCCCCCGCCGCCCUCAACCAAACAUUUGAACCUUUCUUCUUCCCGCCACCUGCGCCUCCACCAAACACGACAUACCACAGUAUUCACAACCACAAACGCUACCACCACAUUCUUUACUCCCCGCUAUCCCAUCGGGAUUGCCAUGGAGGCUAUCAAUAUCCGCCAGCUAGCUUGGCUUGUCGAGAGCCCUUUUCCACCUAUAGCCCGCGCGCUACCCGCUGAGGCUCUUCUAUGGCUGGAGAAUAACAGGCUUCAUGGCUAUCGUGGCUACUUAAUAAGCCAGCUCCACGAGCACCUUGACCACGAGAAGCGUUUGCGCCUGUGGGCAAUCCUCAACACCCACGGUUGGCCUACUCACUUACAGUCCUUCCUCUCGGCUAAAUCAAGAAUUGUGCCCGGCACGCCUUGGACCAAUGCAGAUAACCUUGCCCUCGUGAUCGCCCGUGACGCAGGUCUUCCCUUCAACAUUAUUGCCUACAUUUUGUUUGAGGGGCGCUCCGAGUCUGAAUGCGCUUCCCACUACGACGAACUCCUCGCGACGGGCGAAGUGGCUAGGAUCAACGCUAUAUAUGUUCCGAGCCUGAAUCUUCAAGCUGGAACAAUUCCGUUCCCAGAGUACGAUGAUAGUGGCUUCAACGACAAUGAGAAUCAGCCACAAAUCUCUCAGCAUGUUCGCCGAGAUCAAGACAACGGACGAUCUAGAAGCUCUUCAAUGAUGGACAUGGAUUCCCUGGACACCCCCACGCCUAUAGUCGCCGCACCGGUACCUCAAUCUAAGAAGACUCAGGCACGACUUGCUCAGCUCAUUGACGCAACAACUGACAGCGAGCUCUCUUCAGCUCGAAGCUCUUUGAGUGAUGCCGAGUAUCUGCUACCUCUUUCUGGGAACCAUCGUCUGUCAGGGUCCACUGAUAACAACGAUGAUGUUGCUGCGCUCUCAGCGAAGACGCACGGAGCUCCUCAGACUUCUACGGGUCGUCUGCGUGGGGGGGCCCCAGUAUUUAAACGCUGGGACAACGAUGAGAUGGAAAUCCUGAAAGAAGGUGUAGUCAACGGCAUGACACCGCAGGAGUUGCAGGCAGUCUAUUUCCCGUUUCGCCAAGUUCCUGCUAUCCGGAACAAGAUCGCAAAGUCGAGGCGCGAUGGUAUAGACUUGCCCUUUGGUAAAGCUUGGUCAGCUCAAGAUGCGGAAGAUCUUGAUCGACUACGCAAAGAAGGCCGCUCAUGGGGUGAAAUUGCGGCAAUUCGGUUUCCUUCGAAGACUGGCAGACAAUGCAUGGAGUACCACAGAUACGUCGUGUUGAAACAAGCCUCGGAAACCCAGGCUGGGUCCGAUGAUGCCGGGCCAUUAGUUUCUGACAAAACUGAUCAAGACCAAAAUAAAGAGGAAAAGGAAGAAGGGGAGGAGAUCACGGACAUUGAAACUGCGAGGACCAAUGCGCUGAAUCGCCUUUUCCCCGAUGGUUGUUUCGAUGACAAGAUGAAGCUUCGGGAAGCCUUCAACAACUCCAGCUGGCCUUCCUGGCUCAGCUCUCUCGAAGCAUAUCGGGCUGGCCCGCCCCAGCGACAAGUCCUUUGGGUACCAGAGGACGAUCAAGCAAUAAUUUGUGUGCAAAAGCUUGACAGUCGACCCGCCGCGAAGAAGAUUGUUGAGGCCCUCUUUCCAAAUCGCAGUGUACAGGGCGUGAGAAAUCGUCAUGCUACUUUGAAGAAGCGCGAGUGUGUUGCCGGCUCCAGCAACAUGGCAGGGAAUAACUGCAAAGGUCAGGAUGAGUAUCAAGAAGGGAGUGAGUACGAGAAAGAAGAUGUUCACGAGAAAGGGGAUGUCCGUGAGAAAGGAGCUAAUUCAGAUGAAGACGAAAUUUAUGAGGAAGAGGAUGUCGACGAGAAAGGAAAUAAUCCUGAGGUGGACGGUAUGUACGAGGAGGAGGAGGAUUUCCAUGAGCAAGGGCAAAAUUCCGAGGAAGAUGGUAAUUAUGAGGAGGACGAUUUGAGUCUCAUUCCAUAG